AUGUAUUGGCGCAGUUAUUUGAUCCGUGUGCAUUGGCGCAGUCAUUUGAUCCUUUUUAAGGACCCAGCUAUGUCAGUGGGAGUACAUGAAAAAGAAAUCGAGAACCAACAUAAUAGUUUCAAAGCUGGAGUUUGUUGCCAGCCAGGAAGUGCUCCACACUUGUUAGUAAUACCUUCAUCCCUCUUGUUUGCAGCACUUGUUCCAAAAACUGGCUUUCGACGUGACAUUGGAUUAUCGCUUCAAUUAAUCAGACAUACGGUCGGUUUUGUGCGAGUUCCAUUUUUCGAUGUUUUUCCGCUGUUGAAUAUUGUAGGCUGGUUUGACCAAAUAUUUGAAUUAAAAAUAUUUUAUUCGGAACCUGUGAUUCCGAGGAUUCGCGUUGUUGUUGAGAGGACUAACAUGAAAAUUCGACUACAAAGUGAUGUUGAACUCACCGACGUGGUGCAGAAGAAUCAAAGUCCAGCGAACUUUCAGCUGUUUAACCUGAUCGGAAAUUUCCAACAGCCUGAACUUAUCGGAAAUCUCGAAGACUGA